AUGCUACACUCUGGUGUCUCACCUCAUAUCUUUGAUCCUUACAAGGAAAAGGUCAACCCAGGUCAUCUCUAUGUCCGUCAACCCCACGACGCCAUCCAGAUCAUCCAGCUCGUAGAGGCUUCACCUCCUCCACGUCGUGACAUCGACUCAACCUCAUAUGGCUUCUCCUCUGGAUCCUCAUAUCCCUCUACAUCAGACUCAGAAGACGAGGAGGAUUGCUCAUCAUAUUGUUCCUCUUUUGUUACCCCUCCCCAUCCUUCCCAGGACAGAGAACCUGUCGUUUGGACAGAUGAUACAUAUGAUGUUCGCAUGAAGCGCAUACAUAAUUGGAGGGAUAAUUCGAUAAAAGCAAUGAGCGCUUCAGCCGCAGAGCACCGCUCACCAUCACUAAAACGAAAGUUGAAUCAAAAUCAGACUGAUGAUGAUCUUGUCUCGCACACCCCAAAAAGAUCACGCUCGCGGGAUCCCCAUAACGCAUCCAGAUUGCUCGGCCAUUCAUGUACUGCGUGCGAUACCCCCUUCCCAUCGAGACAAAGCCUGCGACAACAUGGUCGCACCCCUUAUAUAUCUGAGGCUUGUCGGAUAGCGGUCGAAUACAAUUUCGAAUAA